GGGUUCGUACUGUAAAGUAAUUGUGAUAUUGACAUUAUCAGCCAAAAUGACUGCUCAAGUUAUUUGCUACCCGCUUCUAGGCCAGACUACAGUUAUUGCGGAAAAACAGGUUAACAUCACAGUUGCGUUGUCUCCAGAUAAUGAUGAAGAAACCAACUGGGAGGCGGCAUUAUGGUAUGGCUCAGAGGACAUGAGCUGGAAACAGCUUGAUCUCGCUCGAAGUGAUGAUGAUAUAACAAUAUUUGCUGCAGAACCUAAGAACUCAGUUUUGUUCUUCACAAACACUCUGCAACAGCAGUCAUUGAAUGGACAACGGGCUUUUUAUACUAUCAAGUACAGAAAGAGCGGAGACUCGACUUGGAAAUGGGUGAAUGAUGAUCCCAAUCCCGUUGGUAAUGCAGAGAUUAUAUUUCAGUCAGCUACUGUUCCGUCAUCUUCUAUUGAGGAAUAUAUCUCCAGUCUAUCAGUUGAUCUCCACGUCGAGUAUAAUGGACAGCAUGGAGCAUCUAAUUCGCCUGUAUGGACUUUGAAGUACCCGAUACAUGCUCCUGUCGCUUCAGCUACCGAGUCAAGUAUUCGACGAACUACCAUUGGGUUCCCAAAGCAUGUAGUCAGAUAUUUUGCGCUUGUCAAACGAAUGAAUUUCUGGCUCGUACCACGUCAUGGGAUAUCCAAAUUUGACUUGGGCGAAGAUGAUUGUCAAUUCUACACGGGAAACACGGAGCCAAAAGCGAUUCUGGUGUCCUUUCUAACAAGUGAUGGGAUGAAUUUUGUGAUGCUUGCGUUGAGUAUGAAUGGGGUAGUGACAAUGCUGACAUCUGGCGAGAAUGGAAGCAUCGAGUUUGUAGGAAAGAACGAGAACGAGCAGCAAAGAGAUGGAACUAUUAUUUGUGCCGUUGGCAAAACUGUAGAGGAGGGUAUUACAGCUGUGAUGGACCAUGCGAAGAAGGUUGUUCAACUCAGCUUAAACACAGAGCCCAUUACGAGCGGAAAGCUCGAGAGAUCUCUAGCUUCUAAAGACCAAAAAAGUUUCCACGAUGAGCUAGUAUAUUGUACAUGGAACUCUCUAGGUCCCACCUUAACAUCUACUACUCUCCUUGCCGCGCUUGACGAUCUGGGAAAUUCAUCAAUAUACCCAUCUACAAUCAUAAUAGACGAUGGAUGGCAAUCCACAACGCCAUUCGGGUCCGAAACUUUCCCAAAUCAACAUCGAUGGUCAAGAUUCGAAGCGUCAUCAACAUCCUUCCCAGAAGGCCUUGGCGAUCUCUCACUACGGAUUAGAAAAUCUUACCCAUGGAUCAGAAAUAUUGGGGUUUGGCAUGGAAUCUUUGGCUAUUGGGGAGGGAUUGAGCCUGAAAGUGAGAUUGGAAGGAAAUACAAGUUGCGAUGGGUAGAAAUCAAUAAUACGCGCCGCAGUGGAAUGUGGGUGAUUGAUGUUUGCGAUGUGAGAAGAUUCUAUGAUGAUUUUUACUCAUUUCUCGUCGACUCUGGCAUAAACGCGGUCAAAUUGGACACUCAAGGGUUACUAGACGAUCUCAAAAAUGCCAAAGAUAGAAGAGAAUUAAUACCAGCCUAUCAAGACGCAAUUCACGCAUCACUACUUUCUCAUUUCGAAGACAGAGUAAUAUCAUGCAUGUCCCAAUACCCUGCCAAUAUCUUCUCUCCUCAAAUACUACUCUCCUCAUCAGCCCAUCCCGCAAACAAAAUAGCCAUGCGCAAUUCCGAUGAUUUCUGGCCCAACGACCCUGCUACUCACGCUUGGCACAUCCACACCAACUCCCACACCGCACACCUAACCACGCAUCUCGAAAACAUCAUCCCAGAUUGGGACAUGUUCCAGACCUCCUCCCAAACCCUCCACUACUCCUCAUACCACGCCGCCGCGCGCGCUCUCUCCGGCGGUCUCCUAUCCAUAACCGACACUCCAUCUCACCAUGAUACCUCUAUUAUUUCCCGCCUUUCCUGCACUCCCUUCCCAUCAUCUCUCUCCUCAACCCCCUCUCCCCUCACCAUCCUCCACACCCACCCCGCAAAAUCCACAUCCGUAUACCCCAACUCGCACUCCCCUCGUACACUAAAACUGCAGACCUCAACCCUCCAAACCAACAUCAAAGUCCUCGGACUCUUCAACCCCUUUUCCUCCCAUCCCCUCACCGAAAUCAUCGGACUCGAGGAUUUUUUCCCUCUCUCCCAUUCUCUCCACAGCCACAGAGAAGAUUCCACCGACGAACAUCCCGAAACCCAAGAAACCGGAAACCAAUACAUCAUCCACAGUUCCUCAAACAACCAACUUUCUCCCCCCAUAUCCCUCCAUUCCCGCGGAACAAACGCGAGUAGAUUCAUCAUCACGCUACCCGAAUCUGGAUGGGAAAUCCUUACCGCGUGUCAAGUGUAUACUAUACCUCUUCCUCUACCUGCGACUUCCCUUUCCAACCCCGAUUCCAGAACUAUCUCCAUUUCGAUCCUCGGACUCCUCGAAAAAUUCAUCGGCGCGGCCGCAAUUAUCAAGAGUUCUUUUUCGAUCUCCUCAUCAACCUCACCACCAACCACAAACCGCUCUUCACCCCCCCUCCAAACCCUGCACCUCCAUCUUCAACUCCAAGGCACCGGAAUCCUCGGUCUCUUCCUCUCUUCCCCCUCCCCCUCCCCCUCCACCCCACCCCCCCAAAUCUCCAGCCUCCACAUAUCCCACCUCCCACUCUCCCACCUCCUGCCCCAGCAUACUAAAAUCAAACACAUGCCUCACGCAGACGGAUAUAUGGUUUCGAUUGAUCUAUCGAGUAUUUUGGACAGUAGCUCUAGAUCUAAUCACGAUUUCGAUUCUCAUUCUCAUUCUCAUUCCGGGAGUACCGUUGUGGAAGAUGGAGGGGAAUUUGAUGGGUUGCGGAUGUUUGAUAGCGGGGAUGAGGAUGGGGAUGGUGAGGGGGUGGUAGUUGAUAUUGGGAUCUUGGUGUAAGGGACUACUAUACUGUGGAUUUUCGGCGUUGUGUGGUGGAGAUUGCUGGUGUGCGGAUUUGGUAGUGAUAUCUCACAUGUACCUAGAUAUAGAGGAUCAGAGUAGAAUCAUGGGUAGUUAUUCAGCAUGUGGAAAUUCAGGAGGUUCA